UCUCAACAUAUAAUCACUGUUAGAUUUAGUACAAACAUUAAUGUGCAAAUCUAAAUGCGACAUUAGCCUAAAAUUGUAAAUUAAAUCAUUUUUUUUUUACAAAAGUUUGACUUGUCGAAAUCUCUAUAGGAAGACUUCGAAUGGGCAGUAAAACUGAAUCGCAUUAGUUUGAAAUUGCUUGGGCUCUGGCCUAAGUCGGAACAUAAUCUCCGAGAGAAGUUAAUAUGCAAUUUACGUGUGUUGGUUGCUUUUAUCACGAUGUUAACCGGUUUUAUAAUUCCUUGCUUACAUUCAUUGAUUAGAAUUCAUUCGGAUAUUAUACUAGCAAUAGAUAACUUACAAACCACUUUACCGGGUAUCACCUGCAUUCUAAGACUUGUAAUAUUUUGGUGGAAAAAACAAGCUCUUAUACCAGUUGUAAAUAUGAUGGUGGAAGAUUGGAAAAAGUCAAAAAAUCAAACGUAUGAAAGAGAAACGAUGAUUAGAUGGGCGCUUCGUGCACGUAUAGUUAUUAUAUGUAUAUACUCCAUAAUGGGGAUGGCGUACAUAUUGUUUGUUGGUAUGCCUAUUUUUGGGAAGGCAAUAAGAUUGACACCAAACAUCACAGAUCCAGGCAGACCACUACCUCUACAAACGUAUUAUCUGUACGAUGUAACAAAGAGGCCGCAGCACGAGUUAACAUUUAUUUUUCAAGCUAUUUCUACCUUUAUUGCUAUGUUAUGUUAUACAGGAAUUGAUACUUUUCUUGGAUUACUAACAUUCCAUAUCUGUGCUCAGCUGGAUAUUCUGAAGAAUCGCCUUAUGCAUUUACAUGAAUGCGAAAGCUUUCAUGACGCAUUGAAAGACGUCGUGAUGUAUCAUAUUCGGUUACUCAGGAUGAUCUUUGCUGUCGAAGAUGCAUACAAUAUAAUACUUCUCGUAUUACUUUCAUAUUUUGCUAUACUUUUUGCGUUUUACGGAUUUUUGCUAAUUAGUUUAUUCGAUGAAGGAAAUGGUAUACCGAUUACUCGUCUGUUAUAUCUUGUCAUCAUUGUCAUCACCGUGCUCCUUCAUAUGUGUCUCUAUUGCGCUGUCGGCGAAAUGCUAAUGACUCAAUGUGAUGGAAUUUAUUAUGCAAUAUGCAAUUAUAAAUGGUAUUCUUUGGAUCCGAAAAAAGCAAGACACAUGAUAAUUUUUAUGAUCAAAGCUAGUGAACCAGUUUAUCUUACUGCUGGAAAAGUGUUUCCUAUGACCUUAUCCUUGUUUUGUAAUGUAAUAAAAACAUCGGCUGGUUAUAUGUCUUUUUUGCUUACGACGAGAAAUUAA